AGAAAUGACACAUUUAAUAUUUCAUGAUCAAAAUGCUAUUAGCUCAACAACUCAAUAGCUUGAGUUAUCUCAAACAUUUUAUACUUGAUUUUUUUUGCUUGAACAGCGAUGUCUCUUAGUUGGUCAAAUUUGUUUCUUUUAGUUUUGAUCCCAAACUCUUUCCAACAGAUCAACAAUCCAAAACUUUUGAUUCAAAACGCACACCAAAGAGUCAACAAUUUCCUAGAAAUACCCACUAACGAUCUCUUCUCGUCAGCCAGAGUUCUAAAGCAUCUGCAACGUUACCUCGUGCAAAACAAGCAGGAUGAAAAUCUACUUUUAGAAAAUGAUUCACUAGGACGAACGCAGUGUCAAAAAGACAAUCGGUUUAUUCGAAAGGCCGCCAACGUUUCGGAGAACUUCAAGUUUUGGGACUCUUAUGCAGUCCCAGGCACGGGAUUCGCUCUUCUUCAUGUCGUGUUUGCAGGUCAGCCUGAAGAAUGUGUGAACAUCAAAUCAGAUCCUUCUGCAGUAGACAGCUCUUUCCCCGACAGUGGGCCAUUCAUUGUGUCAUUCGGAACCAAAACCGGCACCCCAUUAUCUCUUGGAACAUGCAUGCCACUCUCUUGUUCCAAUGCACAAGUGGCUGAAUAUUUCGCUAUCCUGCUUCCUGCUUUGGGCAUACAAGUGGACUACGUAGCUGCGUAUGGAAGGGAGACUCCGAUGGCCAAUGGGGGAUUUAUCAGUGCUGUUGUGGUGUUCGGACUCAUUGGCGUGUUGAUUCUAGUCGCCACCACCUGGGGCAUCUCAAAGAGAGUAUACGGAAUGUAUCAAAAUGGUAUGAAGAAAGACAGUGGGUACAAUCAAGAGCUGAGCGUUCAAGAUGGUUGCGAAAUGGAUCAAGGACCUGAUAUCAAACAAGACCACAUCAUCCCCUUGGAUUCGAACACUUCAAAUCUAGUUAUAGCAGAACGAUUCUUGGAGUGCUUUGAUUUCUGCGCCAACCUCACUAAAAUUUUGUCAAUUCCAAAAGAAAAGAGUCCUAGGCAGUUUCCAGUAUUGAACGGCAUUCGGGUGCUCAGUUUGGGUUGGGUAAUCAUUGGACACGCCCUUCUGCUGCAGAUCUUCUUUGUUUGCGACAACUUCCUCUACGCAUAUGAGCGAGGGCAGAACUUACUUUUCCAGACCAUCGUUAAUGGAACCACUUCGGUCGAUUCAUUUUUCGUAAUGAGUGGAUUCUUGGUCAUGCAUGGGUCCCUCAAAGCUAUGGACACCCUUCGCAACUCGAAGUUCGGAAACCCAAUGUUCUGGGCUAUGUUCUACGUCCAUAGACUCAUAAGACUAUGGCCUACUAUGCUUCUGACCAUUCUUUUUGUAGUGGGUUUCUAUCCCCAAUUGGCACCAGUUUUCUACAGUCCCUUUUACCAGAACUAUCAACCCACAUCUAUGGUGGAACUGUGUUCCGGUUCAGGCUGGCUCUCGACUGCCUUCUUUUACAACAACAUAUACGAACCUGCCACAGCGUGUAUAGGGUGGACGUGGUAUGUGUCGAAUGACGUGCAGUUCUUCGUCAUCUCUCCGAUGUUCAUCAUUGCGGCCAAAGUGAACAAAAAAGUGGGAUACCUGUCCAUAGCAGGAUUGAUAGCAGCCAACUCUCUUCUGGUGCUGAUUGCGUCAGUUGUUAACAAAGCUCCUCCGGGAGACACGGGUGGCGGUGCACUUGUGAACCCAGAAAUGUUCGUAACCUUCAACACCACCUCAAUUUGGGCUGCGGAACGUCUGUACUUGGCACCCUAUUGCCGAUUCCAGACAUACGGAGUUGGUCUCAUUCUCGGGGUAGCCAUGCACCAACGUGAACAAAUAAAGGCGUACUUCGACCGGACUCCUGUUUAUUUGAGAGCAGUAAUGAUCAAGUCAGUUUGGGCUUUUGGCUUUUUGUGUGGCAUUGUUUCCUUGUAUGGUCUGUACCCAUAUGCUAAUGGGGGUCACAUGGGUAUUUGGUCGGCCGCUUUUUACAACGCAACUUUCCGACUUCUGUGGGGAAUAUUUCUUAGUAUCCUUAUUUUGUUAUGUACAUUGGGUUACGGUGGAGUCAUAAAUGAUAUUUUGUCCUCCAAUUUCUGGAUCCCAUUUGCAAGGGUCAACUACACUACGUAUAUUAUACACCUGGUGCUUUUGGAAAUGUAUAUGAUGACUUUUGAGCAAGAUUUUCACUUUACUACUAUAAACUACACUGUAACAUGUGCAGGGCUGCUUUUGUGUAUCAAUAGUCUGUCAUUGGUUUGCAGUUGUAUAAUAGAGGCACCCUUCAUCAAACUGGAGAAGCUGAUUCUGAAAAGACCGCAUUAGUUGACAACAACACAAGUUGUUGCCAAUUUUUCAAUCUUUGUAUUUGGAAAGAAACAUUACAUUUUAAAAAGAAAUAAAGUUUUGGCCAGGAUAAAUAUACAUUAUUUCUAUUUUAAAAAUAUUUAUCAUCUCUAUU